UAGCCUUUUGGAGUGGAUAUACUAAAGAGAAAAGCCGCAUACUGGCGUAACCGUGCCCGAUCCACUCGAUUCCCGGCAGUGCCUGAAUCUCCAGUUCUUAACAAGCAUCGCCAUAACACGUUUCCGUCUUGGCCGGGCGGCGCCUCUCAAGCCAUACCUGUAUAUUAGGUUAGAGUAAUUUUAGGGUUUUUGCUGCCGUGUCUGGAAGCUGGACGAGUCGCCGAUUCGAUGCUUGGCAGCUGAAAAGAUUGGGUACCCGGUUGGUAGACGGGAAGGCUACCCGUAGAUGGGUUACCGAACCGCAAAAUGGACAUCACUAUGAUGGAGAUGCUUGCGCGGGGGAAAAGUAUAAAAUGCGGGAAGAUUCUGAUGAAGUGAAACAGUUAUAGUUGUUAAAAAAAAGCCUUUUCUCUUGUCAUUGCACAUUCUCUGUGUCUGAAUAAUGCCAAACCUGUUGUCAACUGCCAACCAAUUCGUCAAAAUGGCUUCUGCUAACCUCCCCACCACCAUCCGAGCUAUCUAUCAGAUCGAUCCUAAACUCACAACCCUCGAGCUCCGGCGAACUCCCCUUCCUAAACCUGCUGGUCCAGAUGACCAUCUUAUCAAGAUCAAGGCCACAGCUCCUUGUCUCGGCGAACUAGGAUGGGAGGUCAACUACCCAUCGCUGUUCCCACCAAACCGAGAGCGUGUUCCUGGAACUGAGGCUGCUGGCAUUGUCGCCACUUCACCAGAGUCCAGUCCUUUCAAGCCCGGUGAUGAAGUGUAUUUCCGUCUCCAUGCAAGGUUUCCUGGAUGUCUGAGAGAGUACACAAUUGUUCAUACUGAGGAGUUGGCCUGGAAGCCCAAGUCUCUAGACUGGGUUGAAGCCACUGCAACGCCACUUAGCACAUUGACUGCGUGGCAAGGAGUAUUCACCCAAGGAACCCUCAACAAGCACGGGAUUCGAGGUGAUGCGGACGCAAGGGCUCAUAACAGCAAGCUAAGAGUUCUUAUUACUGGCGCCGGAGGUAGCGUCGGAACCUGGGCUGUCCAGUUUGCUGCCGCCGCUGGUGCCGGUUCUGUCGUUGCUCAGUGCAGCGGCGCAAAUAUCGAGGCUGCCAAGAAGGCUGGAGCCACAGAAAUUAUCGACUAUAAGAAGCAGUCAAUUGACGAGUGGGCUAAGGAGGAUCCCUCUCGCGAGGUUGACCUGAUUCUAGACUGCCUUGGUGGACAAACUUUGGCUUCAUGCUGGUCGGCUGUCAAGGAGAAUGGUGUCUUGCUGAGCGUUGUUGGUGGCCCAGAUGAGUUGAAGCCAGAGUCUGUGACUAAGAAGCUGGCGAAGAGCACUUGGUUCCUCAUGGACUGCAAGGGCGAGGAUCUGAAGGAGAUUGCCGACUUUAUUGAUGCUCGGGGGUUGAAGCCCCAGAUUGACAGCGUUGUUGAGUUUGAGGAAUUUCAGGCCGCUUAUGACAAGGUUGAACAGAAGAAGGCAAAGGGCAAGGUUGUGAUCAAGGUCGAUAUUUAAGGGAACAAGAUGGAAUGACGGGCAGUGUUGAUAGUGAUGAAAAAAUGAUCAUGCAG